AUGUAUGGCUAUGGAUAUGGUGGUGGUGGUGGUUACAUACAACAAGGAUACGAACAGGAACGCAUGGGUUUUGGUCCACGAGGAUUCGGUGUCUAUGAACAAGGGAUGGAGAUAAACCGAAAUCCUUAUAAUGGAGCAGCGGUUGUCGUACAUGAAAAUAAAUUUACACCAACGACCGGCAUGGGAUAUGGAGGAUACGGAAGCCCUUAUGGUUAUCAAUUCUACUAA